GCCGAACGGAGCGGGCGGAGCCGGAGGGCCGGGGCGGAGCGGAGUCGUCCGCAGAGCAGCCCCUCCCGGCCGCGGCCGCCGACCCCGGCCCCGGCCCCCGGCCCGGCUCUAUGGACAGGAGCUCGCUGCUGCAGCUUAUCCAGGAGCAGCAGCUGGACCCUGAGAACACAGGCUUCAUUGGUGCAGACACCUUCACUGGCCUGGUGCACCGCCAUGAGCUGCCCCUGGACCCAGCCAAGCUGGACAUGCUGGUGGCACUGGCCCAGAGCAACGAGCGGGGCCAGGUCUGCUAUCAGGAGCUGGUGGACCUGAUCAGCAGCAAGCGCUCAAGCAGCUUCAAGCGGGCCAUCGCCAACGGACAGCGGGCGCUGCCUCGGGACGGGCUGCUGGAUGAGCCAGGCCUGGGUGUUUACAAGCGGUUCGUGCGCUACGUGGCCUACGAGAUCCUGCCCCGAGAGGUGGACCGCCACUGGUAUUUCUACCGGCACCGCAGCUGCCCGCCCCCCGUAUUUAUGGCCUCAGUCACCCUUGCCCAGAUCAUCGUGUUCCUGUGCUAUGGGGCCCGGCUCAACAAGUGGGUGCUGCAGACCUACCACCCCGAGUACAUGAAGAGCCCCCUCGUGUACCACCCCGGCCACCGGGCUCGGGCCUGGCGCUUCCUCACCUAUAUGUUCAUGCAUGUCGGGCUGGAGCAGCUGGGGUUCAAUGCCCUCCUGCAGCUGAUGAUCGGGGUGCCAUUGGAGAUGGUGCACGGCCUGCUCCGCAUCAGCCUGCUCUACCUGGCGGGUGUGCUGGCAGGUUCCCUGACCGUCUCCAUUACUGACAUGCGGGCCCCUGUAGUGGGGGGCUCCGGCGGGGUCUAUGCCCUGUGUUCUGCACACCUGGCCAAUGUCGUCAUGAACUGGGCUGGGAUGAGGUGUCCCUACAAGCUGCUGAGGAUGGUGCUGGCCCUGGUGUGCAUGAGCUCCGAGGUGGGCCGGGCCGUAUGGCUGCGCUUCUCCCCGCCACUGCCUGCCUCAGGCCCACAGCCCAGCUUCAUGGCGCACCUGGCGGGCGCGGUGGUGGGCGUCAGCAUGGGCCUGACCAUCCUGCGCAGCUACGAAGAGCGCCUGCGGGACCAGUGCGGCUGGUGGGUGGUACUGCUUGCCUAUGGCACCUUCCUGCUGUUUGCCAUCUUCUGGAACAUCUUUGCCUACGACCUGUUGGGUGCCCAUAUCCCCCCACCACCCUGACAAGGUCACAGGGGCCAGGGUGUGGACCCCAGGGCCAGCCACUGGGCGGGCCUGCAUGUCCACCCUCAGUGAAUGUAGUCUCGAGGCUGCUCCUUCCCGGUGUGGAAUGGUGGCCCCUGUGGCCCACUGAGUCCAGGCCAAGCCUUACACCAGCCCUGGCCACCCCCUCCCAGGCUGGAGGGGCAAGGACUGCUGGCCUGGGCCAGGUGGUGGAGGUCCCCAGGGGUGGCCCCAGAGGAGACCCUGCCCCCACCUCUUCCCUGAGACUUGCAGUCUGAGCCUUUUUGAAGAAUGAAUAAAUAUUUUACACAGCA